AUGGAGAGACUAAAUACUCCACCGCGGACUGCAAGAACUAGAUCUCAAGUCAUACCACCAACAACACCAGAAGUCAAAAGAAGAAUAGAAGAAAAUAGACUUAAGGCCAAAGCCCUCCGCGAACAAUCUAUAGCUCGUGAAAAUGCUCUCUCUUCAAACAAUACCAAUCGCACUCCCUCGGGCUUUAUCGCCACCCCAGAUAUAACCCUCGCGGGUCAAAAGCGCACUCACUCCUCUAUCUCAGCUUCGUCCAUCCCAGCCACUUCUCGCGAUGCGCGACAAUCUACCAAAGAUUCCCGAACCGAUGACACCGCACCACAGGCGGCGCGGAAGUUCCGGAAAUAUGUUGAUCAUGACUUUAGUAAGAUGACAGAUACAAAAGGUGGAUUUUUAGCUGCGGAAGAUGAUCCGUGGAAUAAGGCUUUACAUGCACCGAAAGAAGGGGAGAAACCAGCACAUAUGACAUUGAAGGAAUGGGAGAGACAUCAGUUUUUGAAAGGGUUAAGAAACAGGAAAGAGGGGCCUUUUGAGCCAGGAUUGAGUGUGCUAGGGAGGGGCGAUAAAAAGUGUAGGGAGUGUGGGAGUGUGGAGAUCGAUUUUGUGUGGGAUGAGGUUUUCAAGUGUAUGGUUUGUAAUUUGUGCAAGGAAAAGUUUCCAGAGAAAUAUAGUUUGUUAACUAAAACGGAGGCGAAGGAGGAUUAUCUUAUUACGGAUCCGGAGUUGAAAGAUGGUGAACUCUUACCACAUCUCAAUAAGCCCAAUCCACAUAAAUCGCAUUGGCACGAUAUGAUGUUAUUCUUACGCUAUCAAGUUGAGGAAUAUGCAUUUAACACGAAGUGGGGAAGCGCAGAAGCAUUAGACGCAGAGUUUGAGAAAAGAGAAACGGAAAAGAAGAAGAGGAAAGAGGAAAAGUUCAAGAAUAAAUUGAAAGAAUUAAAGAAGAAGACGAGAACCGAAGCGUAUAGGAGAGGUUUGGCGGGUGAUGGUAAAGGUGGAAAGUUUGGUGAUGCGAUCAGUAAUGGGAAACAUGAACAUGAAUGGGGUCAGACGGUAGAAAAUGAGGAUGGAAUGAGUGUGAAGAGUUGUGUAGAGUGUGGGAUGGAGGUUGAGGAGUUGGAAUUUUAA